AUUGAGGCCAGCGCAUCGCCACGAUUAUUUUCCUUAUGACACCCCUGUCAACUAACUAUGCCAAUAACGGGCCGAAUAUCCUUGGGCUGAAUGAGGAACUAAUAGAGCCAUCCGUCGUCCUCCAAGUCGAGUGCUUGUUUCCAACGACAGAUGACGAGGUAUUAUUGACGGAAAAGUUCGAAGCAGUGAUAGCUGAGAUCGCUGAGUACGCUGCAAGUAUUGAGCAGGGCGCACGAUUCGAGUAUAUCAACUAUGCACACCAGACACAGGACCCUCUUCAGUCGUAUGGAGGCGAUAAUCAGGACUUUUUGGAAAAGGUAGCUCAGGAUUAUGACCCUUACGGCUUCUUUCAACACAGGGUGUCAGGAGAAUUCAAAAUUUCCAAGAGCACUAGAGCUUAAACGCUAAGACAUGAUCUCGGUUGUAAUGAAUCUACGCUCAUGUGGGCGAAGAUAUGAUGUUUGCCAUCAACGCAUGUCCUAGGGAAAACGGGAAUCGUGAUGGUCAAAGCAAGAUUGUGGUUCUG